CCUACUAUCAUCACUAAUCUCCAAUCUUCUUUCUGCCUAAGAGAGAUAUGGAAGGCUCACCUAAUUCUGCCCAUUUCCUUGCAGCUUUUCUCAUUUUGUUCGCCUUCCAUUUUAACUCAAUCUCAGCCGCAGGGCCUGCUGCCCGGAAAGACAACACCGAGUUCAUCCGAACAUCUUGUGGUACAACAAUUUAUCCCAGACUUUGCUUCACCUCCCUCUCAGCUCAUGCAAAUGUGAUUCAAACAAGCCCAAGGCUUCUAGCUGACACAGCUCUGUCUGUAACCCUUUCAACUACCCGAUCGACCUCGUCUGUGAUGUCAAAUCUGCUUUUAAGCCAUGGCCUGAAGCCUAGAGAAGUUGUAGCCAUGAAGGACUGUGUGGAAGAGCUGAGCGACUCAGUGGAUCAGCUUAGAAAAGCCAUGGGGGAGAUGAACCAGAUAAAAGGCUCCAAUUUUGGGCUCAUAAUGAAUGACAUACAAACUUGGGUUAGCGCCGCUUUGACGUAUGAGGAUACGUGCACAGACGGGUUUGCUGGAAAUACCAUGGACGGGAAGCUCAAGAAGGCAGUGAGGGCUCGCAUAGUGAAAAUUGCACAUUUGACUAGCAAUGCUUUGGCUUUGAUCAAUAGUUAUGCAUCUCUUCACAAUUAGCCAUCCAGUUUAAUCUAGUAUGAAUCCCAUAUAUGUGACAGUAGCGUUUCGCUUGUGUACUGCUAGAAUGUUGUGUGAAUUGUUCCAUCAAAACUAUGCUUUGCUGCAGCAUAUCUGGGUCCAUUUAGAUGUCAUUUAUCAAGAGUCCAUUAGGCAGCAUUGUAUUAGAGAAAUUGCUUGUAUAUAAUGUAGUAGAUGAUGGUUGUAUAGCUUGCUUUUUCCUUUCUACGGUGCUACAAUUCAACCUAAUUGAACUAUUGUUUCUUUGUUGAA